AUGUCCUCACGCACAAGGUCAGAUAAAGGAAACACGCCGCGAGAACCGCGAAUGGCCAACCCACUACCUGAAGAAGACCUUCCCAUGGACAAUUCCCCCACUGGUCCCAAAAGUCGCCUAACCUUCGGCGUAGAGCUCGAAUCCGCAGUUGCCGCUCUCAAACCAGAUGAAAAAGAUCCACAUCCAGAAGAUGACCGAAAUCCCUAUAUCCUCGGAAAUGCGAUCUGGACAUUCUUCCCCAAUGCCUUCCGCGCGAUGGUGAAAACGCUUAAUGAGAAAUCUAUUCCCGCUGAAUGGCAUGAUCCCGAUGUCUAUCCACCGCCAGAUGAAGAUGGAGAUCAGUUUUGGAAACCGCUUAAUUAUCAGUCGUGGGUUUUGAAGGAGGAGUCGAGUAUUAUACCACCGGAUCAAGUUGAUGCUAUUGGAAAACGGAUUGAAUCCAAAGCACCUGAUGGGUAUCAUUAUAUUUCCGCCGAAGCGAUAUCUCCGCCGUUUUAUUAUAGCAAGGUGUCUUUGGAUGCGGUUAAGCAGGUAUGCGGUGUUCUUUCGAGUAACUUUAGGAACAACAUCAAUCCUUCUUGCGGGUUACACAUUCACGUGGGAGACUCGAAGAAAGGCUUUCCCCUCAAAACACUCAUCAACUUCUACGUAACGGUCUGGACUUUCGAGCCUCAACUCGAGUCUAUCCUCCCAACUGGUCGUCUCCAAGCCCCAGUCUACCGCAAACUCCGCCAACACUCGAAUCUCGCUGAUCUGACCACUUCCCGCAAAAAGCUUCCCCGUGUCGGCCUCAGACAUCUCCUGGCGAAUGUGAAGACGAUCGAAGAGCUAGGGUCAAUUGUGGAGGAUUUAUCACCUACGAAGACGAAACAGAGAAGUGUCUUUAACAUGGAUGGUUUACUUGGAGUCAAGUUAGGUUACAAAUGGGCCAAACCUACCAUCGAGUUCCACCAACAUUACGGAACGCUGAAUCAUGAAGAGAUCACGAAUUGGACGACGUUGUGUGUGGGUCUUUUGGAGUUUGCGGAUACGGUUGAUUCGGGUCUUCUGAGGACUUACUUGGAGAGACAUAUUGAUCAUUCUCCAGAUGAUUUUGGAAUUGAGCAGGUGCUUUACAGACUAGGGUUGAGGAAUAUUGCAAGGUAUUACGGCGAGAGAGCGGAAUCUUUCGAUUCAGUGAGGAAACUAGACUCGCCCCUUAUCAAGGAAUCUAUUACCAUCCGCUCUCCUGCGGCAUCCAAGAACAUCCCACAAGACAUCUAUGACCGAAUCUGGUCCGAGGUCUUUCCUAUUAACAAAGACAUCCUAUUCUAUGCUCAUGAAUCCAGCGGCUGGCGUAACAACCAAUGGUCCAAAUUCGGCAGCUCUGAAGUGGCGAUACGAUGGAGGCUAGUCGAUCCAAUCCCACUCUACGGGGUUGACAGGAAGACAACACAACGCUCGAUUGCGACUUUUUGCAGGUUGAAUAGACCUAUAUUGAUAGUCUGUGAUGACUACCAACUUCUCGAUGCCUUGGCUGCUGUUAUACCGAUGUGUACUGAUGAGCAUGCAUCCAAGAUGAACUUUACAUACGCAUGUUUGAGGAUUGAUAUCCAACAAGGUUGGCCUACCUUUUCCGAUGGAGGUGCCUCGUGGACACGAUUCCGUCGCAACCGUGGAUCCAAAGACACCCCCUCUUACGGGUUGUUUCCUGGGAUCUACAUCUCGAGAGUGUUGCAAAUGAUCGAUUGUUUACACUCCCCACAGCGACUACUAGGACCCGAUGAAUACGACGACGAUCAACCUGAAGAUCGAAUCUUCGAGGUCUGCAAAAUGGUUUUCACUUUCAACACUUCGAACAAGAUGUACGCUGGUCAACGGAACCUCUCAGAUCUCACUCUCGAACGAAUGGCCAAAGGGGGUCACAAAUACACCACAUCUGGGAUACCCAUCACGCGGACCACUGAAGGCCUGGCUCCUGUAGACUGGCAGAAUCUUACUGACCUACGUUGGGUUCCCGUCAAGCCGCAGUUCACAACGCGGCAGACGGAGAUCGAAGUCAUCGGCGUGAACGACGAGAGAGCAGCCACCCUUCAGGGUUUUUUCAACCAACCCCCAUGGACGCGAGAGGACUCUACGCGAGAAGCCAACAUCCUCCGCCAAGAAGCAGACAUUUACUACGAAGAACGCAACCUCAUCAACGCGCGAAUGCUCUACUCCAUGGCCUCCCAAAUCUUCACCCGCACCCGCCAACCCUCCACCGAACUCCAGCACUUCACCGCGGCUGAACUCCAACAAAUCCUCCCCCUCUGGCUCGUCCUCCACAAACUCUACACCCUCGCCAGCGAAGGCGCCACGGACAACGCCAACGACAUCCUCCUCGAGAAGAGUCUCGAUUUCUUCGAUGCAGCCUUGGAGUACCUCCCCGAGCUGUACAAUUUGAGACAGGUUAGUCCCAACUACACGUUCGAGGAGCGGGCGUCUAUCUUCCAGGAGUGUGUUGAGCAGCUGGAGCGGAAUGAGCAUUUUGAACAGCUACAGUAUUGGCUGAGGGAGGCGAGGAAUAAUAAAUUGAGUGCGCAGGCGGCGGAUUGGAAUAGGGAGUUGCCUGGGUGGGAGUUUUUGGAGGAGAAGUUUCAGCAGUGGAAGGAUUGGGAGGCGAGUUAA